UAAAUACGCCGGUGGUUCAUUAUGGCGUUCCACUGGCAAUCAAAAGUCAAUGUUCAGCAUGUCGGGGUCGAUGACAUGGUCCUUCUGCCAAAACUCACAGAGCAAAGUAUCGUUGAAAAUUUAAAGAAGAGGCUUCAAGCUAACAGUAUUUUUACAUAUAUUGGUCCUGUACUGAUAUCGGUAAAUCCCUUCAAACAAAUGCCAUAUUUUACGGAGAAAGAAAUGCUUCUAUAUCAGGGAGCUGCUCAAUAUGAAAAUGCGCCACAUAUCUAUGCAUUGGCUGAUAACAUGUACAGAAAUAUGCUCAUUGAUAACGAGUCCCAAUGUGUUAUUAUAUCUGGAGAAUCCGGUGCCGGUAAAACAGUCAACGCGAAGUUCAUUAUGAAUUAUAUUUCUCGUAUUUCGGGAGGAGGGCAGAAAGUUCAGCACAUCAAAGAUGUUAUUUUGCAAUCAAAUCCACUUCUCGAAGCUUUCGGAAACAGUGCAACAGUCCGUAACUGGAACAGUUCGAGAUUUGGAAAAUACGUAGAAAUUGUGUUCAGUCGAGGUGGAGAACCUAUUGGUGGAAAACUUUCCAACUUUCUUUUGGAAAAGUCUCGAGUUGUUCAUCAAAAUGAAGGAGAUCGAAACUUCCAUGUUUUUUAUCAAUUAUGCGCUGGCGCAGACAAGAACUUGAGAAGUACUUUCGGAAUUGGAGAACUUCAAUAUUACAACUAUUUAAAUAUGAGUGGAGUUUUCAAAGCAGACGAUACGGACGAUGGGAAGGAAUUUGAGAGCACCCUGCACGCAAUGAAAGUUGUCGGUGUUAAUGAUCAAGAUCAAUUAGAAGUUUUGCGAAUUGUGGCAACUGUUCUCCAUAUCGGAAAUAUCACUUUCACCGAGGAGAAUAAUUUUGCUGCAGUUAGUGGAAAAGAUUAUCUUGAAUAUCCUGCCUUCCUUCUGGGACUCACUAGUGCAGACAUUGAGGCAAAGCUUACUGGUCGUAAAAUGGAGAGCAAAUGGGGUACACAAAAGGAAGAAAUCGAUAUGAAGCUUAACGUUGAGCAGGCGAGCUAUACCAGAGACGCAUGGGUUAAAGCAAUUUACGCAAGAUUAUUCGAUUAUCUUGUAAAAAAAGUGAAUGACGCAAUGAAUAUCACUUCACAAUCGACUUCAGACAACUUUUCUGUUGGAAUUCUUGAUAUCUACGGUUUCGAAAUUUUCAACAAUAAUGGAUUUGAACAAUUUUGUAUCAACUUUGUCAAUGAAAAACUUCAACAAAUCUUCAUCGAAUUAACGCUAAAAGCAGAACAGGAAGAAUAUGUUCGUGAAGGAAUCAAAUGGACAGAAAUCGAUUAUUUCGAUAACAAAAUCGUGUGUGAUCUGAUUGAAACGAAGCGUCCACCUGGAAUAAUGAGCCUUCUUGAUGAUACAUGUGCUCAAAAUCAUGGACAACGAGAAGGUGUCGAUCGUCAAUUGCUCACGACUCUUUCGAAAUCAUUUGCUGGACAUCCCCAUUUCGGCCCUGGCUCAGAUUCAUUCGUUAUCAAACAUUAUGCUGGAGAUGUUACAUAUAAUGUAGAUGGAUUCUGUGAUAGAAACAGAGAUGUUCUUUAUCCAGAUCUUAUUCUACUCAUGCAAAAGUCUUCACGCCCAUUCAUUCAAGCUUUAUUCCCUGAAAAUGUAGCUGCGUCAGCUGGAAAACGACCAACAACAUUCUCAACUAAGAUUCGAACUCAAGCUAAUACUCUUGUGGAAUCCCUGAUGAAAUGCUCACCUCAUUACGUACGAUGUAUCAAGCCAAAUGAAACAAAACGACCAAAUGAUUGGGAAGAGAGUCGAGUGAAGCAUCAGGUUGAAUAUUUGGGUCUUCGUGAGAAUAUUCGAGUGAGAAGAGCUGGUUUUGCAUAUCGAAGAGCUUUCGACAAAUUUGCCCAACGAUAUGCCAUCGUCUCUCCUCAAACGUGGCCAUGUUUCCAAGGAGAUCAGCAAAGAGCUUGUGAGAUAAUCUGCGAUUCAGUUCAUAUGGAAAAGAAUCAGUAUCAGAUGGGAAAAACUAAGAUAUUUGUAAAGAAUCCCGAAUCGCUGUUUUUAUUGGAAGAGACUCGUGAACGCAAGUUUGAUGGUUACGCAAGAGUCAUUCAAAAAGCCUGGAGACAAUUCUCGGCUAGAAAGCAGCACAUUAAGCAAAAGGAGCAAGCUGCCGACCUCAUGUAUGGAAAAAAGGAACGCCGUCGCUACUCAUUAAACCGAAACUUUGUCGGAGAUUACAUUGGAUUAGAGCAUCAUCCGACACUUCAGUCCCUGGUUGGCAAGCGUCAGAGAGUGCUGUUUGCAUGCACUGCUAACAAAUAUGAUAGAAAGUUUAGGGUGACAAAACUUGAUUUACUUUUGACUGUCAAUCAUUUGACUCUUAUUGGAAAAGAAAAAGUGAAGAAUGGUCCCGAAAAGGGGAAGAUCGUUGAAGUUAUCAAAAGACAAUUUGAUCUACCUCAAAUCAAAUCAAUUGGUCUAUCUCCAUAUCAAGACGAUUUUGUGAUAUUAUAUCUGGGAAACGAUGAUUAUUCUUCUCUUCUCGAAACACCAUUCAAAACUGAAUUCUGUACAGCUCUCUCAAAAGCAUAUAAAGAACGAACAAACGGUACUCUUCAUCUCGAUUUCCGUAGUUCUCAUGUUGUUAGUUACAAAAAGAUGAAAUUCGAUUUCUCCGAUGGAAAACGAACGGUUCAGUUUGGAAACGAUGGAACUUCGUCUGCAGAGAAGACAUUGAAACCAAAUGGAAAAGUUUUGAAUGUUAGCAUUGGUACUGGAUUACCGAAUACUACAAGGCCAUCAACUGAACGUCCACAAGGUGGGUACACCCCGCGAAGAGAUCAAUUGAGAACAUCAACACGACGAACGAAACAGAAUAAUCAAAGUUAUGGACAAAAUGGCCAAUCUCAGGCAAUGAGAGCUCCGGUUCCCGCUCAUGGAAUGAAUAACAAUUACAAUCAGACACCAGCUCCAGUAUCGACUAAUCAUCAAUAUAGCCAAGAACCUGCGCGAAUUCCAGUGAUGGGAAACGUCAUAAAUCAGUUGAAUAACAUGAAUCUAUCUGGAAACGGAAACUCUCCAGCUGGACGAGGACCUCCGCCAGCGCGUGGACCAAAACCUCCUCCACCAGCAAAGCCAAAGCUUAAUCCUGUCGUUAUUGCUGUCUAUCCAUAUGAAGCUCAAGAUGUUGAUGAGCUCAGCUUUGAAGCUGGAGCUGAAAUUGAACUCAUGAACAAAGAUGCUUCUGGAUGGUGGCAAGGAAAAGUGAACAAUCGAGUUGGUCUUUUCCCCGGAAAUUAUGUCAAAGAAUAAUUUCAUUUUUUAUUGCACGAUCUCCCCCUCAUUUCCCCAAUAUCUGUGAAAUGCCUGUUUGUGAACAUUGAUUACGAGUUGUACUAUAUUUCUUUAAAUAUUUUAUAUUAGCAUCCUUUACUCAUCAAAUACUUACUUCUGUUUAUAAACCACAAUGGUGUAAUUUCAUGUUAAAUUGUUACUAUAUUGUUUAAAAUAAAUCGGAAGACUACU